CGUUAGUGUUGAUUGGCUCCGCGUCGUUUGACCAAAUCCUGCAACUUCCGGGAAUCGGACAGGAUGAGAGCGAGCCCACUUAGAUCCAGGGGAAAGAAGGAGGCGGAGGACGAGCCCGUUGUGCGAGAACAGGAGGAAAGUGCGUUUAGGAGAGGCCCGAUCAGAACGGAACCAAGGUCAUCCAGCGCUAAGGAGUUACCAGUCAUCCCUACCGUUACUGUCUCUCCAAGUCGACAUGGUGGCACGACUAGUUUACAGCAACGCAGCGGAUUUCCACAUCAAACAAGUUACGAGAACCUUAAUGAAAUCGCCGAGGGAAAAGAAAAGGAACUUCCCGCACAACCUUUUCCAGGCGUUUCUCAGAAGGCAGAUUCGCACAGCUCAUCAUGGGUCCCCGCUUCAAACGCCCUUACUCGCCAAAAGAGCGUUAAAGUGGACACCCCUAGCCAUAUACGUCGUGGGAGUGCAUCCCACAUCUUCUUAGACACCCGCGCACCCCCGACGCCUUCUGUUGAACGCGGGACAUUAAGACGAGCGAACUCGAUCAUGAUUCGUCCCGAGCGAGCACAAGAUGAGCAUGGCGAACGACCGCCAGCCAUGACCAUGCUAAAAGAGAAAAAGAAAAAGUACGACCCGUGGACGAUCGUUAGCAGAGCACUUACCUGUUGGAUACCUACUUUCUGUAUAGAGCGAUUUGGACGGAUGCAUGAUCCCGCGGUCCAGCAAGCUUGGAGAGAAAAGGUUGCACUUUGUACCAUUAUUACUUUUAUGUGCGGACUCUUGGGAUUCUUGACGUACGGAUUCGUUGCCACAGCAUGUCGGACUCAGGAAACUGUAGGCAUCGAUGACGUGAGAGCUUCUACCCCCAAUACCUUCCCUCACCGUUUCGUUAUCAACGGAAUUGUAUACGAUGUGUCGAAAAUUCUACCUUGGCACAAUUCCUUACCUGGGUUUACGACAGGCGGUCUACCAACAACUCAUAUCAAUCAACUUACCGGCGUAGAUGUGACUCCAUACUUUUGGCCUCCAACUACACCACCAGCUGCUUGCAAGGACCUUUUUACGGCACCUUACGCUCCCAGUUGUGGCACUUCUGCUUUUCCAGCUUCAUUAACUCACUGUCAUGAUCCAACUCGAGUCGCCAGAGUCCUUGCGGAAUUCCCUGCCGCACGAAUUGGGCCAGUUACAUACGAAUGGCCGGACAUUGUAUUUGAGCAGAGUACAUAUAUGGCUUUUAAAGAACGGGUUUUGGACAUGAGGCCGUACCUUAACGCCAAUGUUAAACUGUUUGGAAAUUGGACGGAUAUGGCCAUCAGAUCCCACCUUGGAAAAGAUGCAUCAAGAAUCUUUGGUGGGUCUCCCUCUCGUAUCAGAAUGGGAGAAUGUCUGAUAGCCAUGUACGCUGUCGGGCGGGUCGAAGAGAGAACUCUAGGAUGCAUUGCGUCCGAUAUAGUUCUCUACGUUUCUCUGAUUAUUAUUUUAUCCGUCGUGCUCAUUCGAUUCGCAAUGGCGAUUCUUUUUGACUGGUUCAUAUCUUGGCAGCUGGGUAAGCUCCAGCAAGAGCACGCCCAAUCUGCAAAGACAGCUCUUCGGCGGCAGGUUCUAGACAAGGGUAUCGUACCGUUCCCCAUGAAAGGGAAAUUGGACGGUGGAAGUGCAAGACCUUCGCCAGAACUUUCAGUUCCGCCUUCGCUACAUGUAUUGGACGGCCGGAAAUCAGUGGCAAGUGAUAUUUCUGGUGACACCCUCGUGGGGUCCAAGCAUCCUUCAGCACGGAAUGAACAGCAGUCGAAUGACGAUCUUCGGCGUCACAUGCCUGGCUGGUCGGGACCGCUGGCCGGGUCUGCCGUUUCCAAGUCCCCAUCUACUUACAGUUCUCCCUACGGUUUAGAAGUAUAUACGGUGAUGCUUGUAACGGCCUAUUCAGAAGGCGAAGAAGGUCUCCGUAAUACUAUGGACUCUCUGGCGAACACGACUUAUUCAGAUGAUCACAAGCUGAUGUUCAUUGUUGCCGAUGGGCUAAUCACUGGAAGUGGUAACGACAAAUCCACACCCGAAAUCAUCAUCGAUAUGCUGGAAAUGGACAAGAAUUGGCCCACACCGCCCGCACCCAUGUCAUAUGUUGCUAUCUCGGAAGGGACCAAACGGCACAACAUGGCGCAAGUUUACGUUGCAUGGUAUAAUAGUAAUGGUCGAUGUAUACCCACGAUUUUGGUCGUCAAAUGCGGGACACCAGAGGAAGCCGAUCAACCAAAACCUGGAAACCGAGGGAAGAGGGACAGUCAAAUCAUCCUGAUGUCUUUCUUCCAAAAAGUGACCUUUGACGAUCCCAUGGCACCUCUCGAUUAUGACUUGUUCCAAAAGAUUCAUUACUUGAUGGGAGUCACACCCGACAUGUUUGAAAUUGUCCUUAUGGUAGACGCCGACACAAAAGUUGCUCCCGAUUCUUUGGCCAGAAUGGUGGCCUCCAUGGUGUCCGAUCCGAUGGUGAUGGGCUUAUGCGGUGAAACCCGUAUUGCGAACAAGUCGGAAAGCUGGGUCUCCCGGAUUCAAGUAUUUGAAUAUUACCUAUCGCAUCACCUUGCAAAAGCAUUCGAAUCUGUUUUUGGAGGAGUUACAUGCUUGCCAGGAUGCUUCUGCAUGUACCGUAUCAAAGCUCCAAAGGGUGAUGGAUACUGGGUGCCCAUCCUCUGCAAUCCAGACAUUGUUGCAACCUACUCUGAGAACCGAGUCGAUACGCUUCAUAAAAAGAAUCUGCUUCUUCUCGGUGAAGACCGCUUUUUGACGACACUCAUGUUGGGGACAUUUCCACACCGAAAGCAGAUAUUCGUUCCGCGAGCAUUCUGCAAAACUGUGGUUCCCGCUGAGUUCAAAGUCUUGUUGUCCCAACGGCGCCGAUGGAUCAAUUCUACCAUACACAAUCUGCUGGAAUUGGUCCUGGUUCGGGAACUAUGUGGAGUGUUUUGCUUUUCGAUGCAGUUUGUCAUCAUGUUGGAGCUGAUUGGGACAGUGGUAUUGCCUGCAGCCAUCAUUUUCACCCUCCUCCUCCUAGUUAUGGCAGGGGUCAGUCCAGAAGUACCUUGGAUCCCACUAGGCCUUUUAGCAGCUAUCCUUGGUCUCCCCGCCAUCCUCAUAAUGCUCACCACCAAAAGACGGGUCUACAUCUAUUGGAUGCUCAUCUACCUUCUCGCCCUUCCCAUUUGGAAUUUUGUCCUUCCCGUCUAUGCUUUUUGGCAUUUUGACGACUUUUCCUGGGGACAGACACGCAAAGUUGCUGGUGAAGGCGCAGGAGAUAAAUCGGGCCAUGGAGCCGCGGGAGAGGGAGAGAAAGAUGGUGCAACCGAUGUACCAAGACGAAGGUGGGUGGAUUGGGAAACAGAGAGGCGGAAGGCGAUUGUUUUGGAAUGGGAAUUGGAGAAUAGGAAGAAUGAAGUUGUCCGCAAAUAUCGACAGAAUGGCGAGCCUGGAGAGGGUGAAGAUGAUGUGACGGAUGAACUUUUGGACGAAGAAGAGCCAAUCAAGCUGCAUCCGGUCCCACCACCUAGAGUGCGAAUGAAAAGGUCUAAAUAG